AACAACAAAAUAAAUAGAGAUCUAAAUCCAGAUCUAGGCCUUGCCUUAUGCAUUAUACUAUUAUAGUCUUAAAUAUUUUUACAUUCAAUUUAGAGAUCUAGUCUACUCUAGAUCUACAUUUUCUAAAAAAAUAAAAUAAAAAGUUUUAAAUUUUUAUACAUUAGGCCUAAUAAAAGAGAAGCGACUUUAUUUGAGCUGAGUCCAGACUCUGAGCAAUCUCCAGACCAGUGACCAGUUGCAUUGUCAGUCACUAGGACUUGGAGUAGAUAGAGUAGACUCAAGGUCUAGGCAAAGGGUUAGACCACACUACACUCAGAAAAAAACAGAAUGCAGAAAUAUGAAAAACUUGAAAAAAUUGGGGAAGGUACUUAUGGAACAGUUUUCAAAGCAAAGAAUAGAGAGACUUUAGAAAUAGUUGCAUUAAAGCGUGUCCGGCUUGAUGACGAUGAUGAGGGAGUUCCAAGUUCAGCUUUAAGAGAAAUUUGUUUACUCAAAGAACUGAAGCAUAAAAAUGUUGUAAGACUACAUGAUGUUGUGCACAGUGAAAGAAAGUUGACUCUUGUGUUUGAGUAUUGUGACCAAGAUCUCAAGAAAUAUUUUGAUGCAUGCAAUGGAGAAAUUGACCCUGAUGUUGUCAAGUCAUUUAUGUGUCAAUUAUUAAAAGGUAUAGCCUUCUGCCACAGCAACAAUGUUCUGCAUAGAGAUCUAAAACCUCAAAAUUUGUUAAUUAAUAAGAAUGGAGAACUGAAACUUGGAGACUUUGGAUUGGCCAGAGCAUUUGGGUUCCCUGUGAGAUUUUAUUCAGCUGAAGUUGUGACAUUAUGGUAUCGACCACCUGAUGUAUUAUUUGGAGCCAAAAUGUAUUCAACAUCAAUUGACAUGUGGUCAGCUGGCUGCAUAUUUGCUGAAUUAGCUAAUGCUGGCCGGCCAUUAUUCCCUGGAAAUGAUGAUGAUGAUCAGCUGAAAAGAAUAUUCAAACUUUUAGGCACACCAACAGAAGAAACCUGGCCAGGCUUGACACUGCUACCAAACUACAGACCAUUUCCAAUGUACCAUGUCAGCACGACCUGGCAACAAGUUGUUCCUAAAUUAAACUCUAAAGGGAGAGAUCUCCUUCAGAAACUGCUAGUCUGCUACCCACCUGAUCGCCUGUCAGCUGAUGACAGUUUGCAGCACCCGUAUUUUGUGGAUGUCAACCCUGGUGUCAAGUAGUCACUCAGUGCAAAUUGUGGAUCAUCCAAUUUUUGUUGUAUCUGUUGUAUGCUGAAUAUAGUAAUGGUAAUGAUGUGGAUGGAUCAUCCAAUUUUUGUUGUAUCUGUUGUAUGCUGAAUAUAGUAAUGGUAAUGAUGUGGAUGGAUCAUCUAAUUUUUGUUGUAUCUGUUGUAUGCUGAAUAUAGUAAUGGUAAUGAUGUGGAUGGAUCAUCUAAUUUUUGUUGUAUCUGUUGUAUGCUGAAUAUAGUAAUGGUAAUGAUGUAGAUGGAUCUUCUAAUUUUUGUUGUAUCUGUUGUAUGCUGAAUAUAGUAAUGGUAAUGAUGUGGAUGGAUCAUCCAAUUUUUGUUGUAUCUGUUGUAUGCUGAAUAUAGUAAUGGUAAUGAUGUGGAUGGAUCAUCCAAUUUUUGUUGUAUCUGUUGUAUGCUGAAUAUAGUAAUGGUAAUGAUGUGGAUGGAUCAUCCAAUUUUUGUUGUAUCUGUUGUAUGCUGAAUAUAGUAAUGGUAAUGAUGUGGAUGGAUCAUCCAAUUUUUGUUGUAUCUGUUGUAUGCUGAAUAUAGUAAUGGUAAUGAUGUGGAUGGAUCAUCCAAUUUUUGUUGUAUCUGUUGUAUGCUGAAUAUAGUAAUGGUAAUGAUGUGGAUGGAUCAUCCAAUUUUUGUUGUAUCUGUUGUAUGCUGAAUAUAGUAAUGGUAAUGAUGUGGAUGGAUCAUCCAAUUUUUGUUGUAUCUGUUGUAUGCUGAAUAUAGUAAUGGUAAUGAUGUGGAUGGAUCAUCCAAUUUUUGUUGUAUCUGUUGUAUGCUGAAUAUAGUAAUGGUAAUGAUGUAGAUGGAUCUUCUAAUUUUUGUUGUAUCUGUUGUAUGCUGAAUAUAGUAAUGGUAAUGAUGUGGAUGGAUCAUCCAAUUUUUGUUGUAUCUGUUGUAUGCUGAAUAUAGUAAUGGUAACGAUGUGGAUGGAUCAUCCAAUUUUUGUUGUAUCUGUUGUAUGCUGAAUAUAGUAAUGGUAAUGAUGUGGAUGGAUCAUCUAAUUUUUGUUGUAUCUGUUGUAUGCUGAAUAUAGUAAUGGUAAUGAUGUGGAUGGAUCAUCCAAUUUUUGUUGUAUCUGUUGUAUGCUGAAUAUAGUAAUGGUAAUGAUGUGGAUGGAUCAUCUAAUUUUUGUUGUAUCUGUUGUAUGCUGAAUAUAGUAAUGGUAAUGAUGUGGAUGGAUCAUCCAAUUUUUGUUGUAUCUGUUGUAUGCUGAAUAUAGUAAUGGUAAUGAUGUGGAUGGAUCAUCCAAUUUUUGUUGUAUCUGUUGUAUGCUGAAUAUAGUAAUGGUAAUGAUGUGGAUGGAUCAUCCAAUUUUUGUUGUAUCUGUUGUAUGCUGAAUAUAGUUAUGGUAAUGAUGUGGAUGGAUCAUCCAAUUUUUGUUGUAUCUGUUGUAUGCUGAAUAUAGUAAUGGUAAUGAUGUGGAUGGAUCAUCUAAUUUUUGUUGUAUCUGUUGUAUGCUGAAUAUAGUAAUGGUAAUGAUGUGGAUGGAUCAUCUAAUUUUUGUUGUAUCUGUUGUAUGCUGAAUAUAGUAAUGGUAAUGAUGUGGAUGUUGGCUGUUUAAAAAAAAAAUGUGUAUGUGAUUGGGUCACAUUUUGAGUUGAUUGGUUUUAAUGAUCGAAUCUAGCUGAGUGAUUGAAUGAGUGAUAUAUGACCGUGCCCAUUUGUGAUCAAACUAUGUCUAAUAAUCUAUGAUUUGCCAAGACAUUUUCUCAAUCAUUCAAUGGUUUUAGUGGUUACUGUUGUGAAUAGACUGUUAGCUAUUUCAGUUUUUCUAUAACUGUUAAUAACUAUUGUUGUUUGUUGUGAUAUUUUAAUUAUUUUCCUAUUUGGUUUACUAGAACAGUUUUUAAAAAAAAAUAAGCAAAACUUUUCAACAUUAUGGUGCAUAUUUUAUAAAAAAAAUUAUUUAUGAAUUUUGUUUUAAAAAUAUUUUGUCCUUUUCUGAAAACUAAAUUAUUCCUGGCCACAGAUAAACAUUUAUUUCUUUGUAAUUUAAAACUUGUGAAUUGAAAACAAUCAAUCGACCAGUGUACAAUAUUUAUUAGAAAUGUUAUUGUAUACUUUCUAAAUGUAAUAGUUUAAAGUGGGGAUGUUGUUGAUGGAAUAGCAUGGUGGAGUGUUAAAGCACUUCCCCUGAAAGUUACAAGUUCAGUUUCAGGCCUGAGAAUGUUGGGUAUCUUUGCAUUGACUCAUCUCACUAAAUGUGUGCUGACCACACUGUAUUGGCUGAGCUUAAAGGAACUCUACACUAUGGACAUGGUAGUUCACUUUAAAACUUUUAAUUCAAGUUCUGUGCGUUUUUAUUUUUUAAAUACAUAUUUGGUCUGAUUAUGUUAGCCGUGCUCAAUGGGUGUUGUAUAAAAACUGUACAUAAUAUUAAGCAGUUUUCAUUUAUAAGAAAUAUCUUGACAGCCAAAUUUAAUAUCUAAUUAAUUAAAGAAGGAUGGAUAUUUUUAUAAUUCAAACGAUUAUUAGCAACUCAAAUAUUUUAACUGUCUUGUUUUACUUGU